AUGGCUAUCGCCAUGAUCAUUUCGAGCGCAAAACGAAAGAAAGAGGCUCGUGAAGUCGACAAGCGAUCUCAGAUUGCUCAGAAGUCUUUGGGUAUCAAUGGUAUGAUGUUUGCUAAGAAACGUUAUGCUGAGAAGGCCCAAAUGAAGAAAACCCCAAGGUGGCUAUGCAAAGUAGGAAGACUAGAAGAUGCUAAAGAAGUUAUCCGUAACCUUUGGGGGCCAUCUGAAGUCAACAAAGCAAUUGAAGAAUUUCAGUCAGUCAAUAGGAAUGAUGAUUUGGAGAGCAGAUGGCUGGAACUCCUAGAGCAGCCACACUCUAGAGUUGCAUUCAUUGGAGGUGCCCUUUUCAUACUUCAACAGUUUGCUGGUAUAAAUGGAGUUCUUUAUUUUUCGUCACUGACUUUUCAAGAUGUUGGAAUUACGAGUGGUGCUUUAGCAAGCUUAUUUGUUGGACUUACCAACUUUGCAGGUGCACUUGGUGCUUUAUACUUGAUGGAUAAGCGAGGGAGGAAAACGCUUCUAAUUGGUAGUUACUUGGGAAUGGCAAUAUCGAUGUUUCUAGUAGUCUAUGCUAUCAGCUCUCCAAUAGAUGAAGAGCUUGGUCACAACUUAUCAAUAUUGGGAACUGUCCUGUACAUAUUUACCUUUGCUAUUGGAUCUGGCCCUGUAACUGGUAUUAUUAUACCGGAGCUUAGUAGCAGCAGGAUGCGUGGGAAGAUCAUGGGUUUCAGUUUCUCAGUUCAUUGGGUUUGUAAUUUCUUGGUUGGUCUAUUCUUCCUUGAGCUUGUGGAGAAAUUUGGAGUUGCUCCAGUUUAUGCAAGCUUUGGCGCGUUUUCCUUGCUGUCAGCAAUAUUUGCUUACAAUUUUAUCAUUGAAACUAAAGGGCGUUCCCUUGAAGAAAUUGAGAUGUCUUUAAAUCCCAAUUUUGCGGCCAAGGAUGAGUGACCAAUAUCUAAAUCCUUGAUCAAGAGAAGUAGAGACGACACGGAAAGUUUAUCGAGCUUGAGCCUUAGUUGCAGAAGAUGGUUAUUCUGAUGUGGCUGUCUUCAGGCAUUUAAGGUUAUUUUGAAGUCUUGUAUUCUCAUUGCAUUUUGGAUUAUGAUUGAUUUUAUUUCG